AUGAAGCCUCAAGAGGCCGAGCUUGUCACUGAAAUCUCCAAGUUACAAUGCAUGGUCUCGGAGCUGAAGACCGGCUUCACGAGCGCCCUGCUGGAGCUCAGUCAGAUCCAACAUGGAGACACUUACCUGAGGGAGGAGCUGGAGGAGAACAGGAGGACCUGUCAGAAAAAGGCUUUACGGUUGGAGGCGCUGGUCGAGUCUCUGCGGGAGGAACUUGGUGUGAUGCAGUGUCAGGUCUUGCAGCUCUACAGUAACAGACAGAGACCUCGGGAGGAUGGAAAGAGCUCCAUGUCAAAACAGAGAGAAAGGUAACACAGAUAUUAACUACAGAGCAGCUCAGAUAAGAAGACUAGCUUUGCAUUAUUAGUUUAAACAAAUUGAUUCAAA